CCGAAAUGUGAAGCGUGUGUGUGUGUGUGUGUGUGGAGGUUCUUUUACAGGCUGCGAAUAUAAAUACUACCCGGGAACCCGGGACGCGUAGCAGAUGGAACAUUCGCUGUUCUCCAACAACUCGAACAGCUCGGAAAGCUCGGCAAUCGCUUCCUCCACUACAACCCUUCUGCAUAACACGGCCAGCCCUGUAGGACACGCGGUUCAGGUCGGGGGAAAUAGUAGCUGCGUCAAUGUCGGUGAAGUAUCUUCAACGUGCAGCGUCGGUUCGGCCGAUGAGACGGUUUCGUCGCCGGGCUACAUCAACACGGCAACCGAGUCGUCAAUUUCAAGUUUGGAUGAUCUUAAAAAUGAAGAUCCACCAUGUGCCGGUUCGGACGCCAGCUCGACGACGACCGUGAAAACGUUCGUCGCCUGCCGGGUGUGCGGUGAUAAAGCAUCCGGCUACCAUUAUGGCGUUACCUCGUGCGAGGGCUGCAAGGGUUUCUUCCGGCGCAGCAUACAGAAACAGAUCGAGUACCGAUGUUUGCGCGAUGGCAAGUGUUUAGUGAUACGGCUCAACCGCAACCGGUGUCAGUACUGUCGCUUCAAGAAGUGUCUCUCGGUGGGCAUGAGCCGUGAUUCCGUUCGGUAUGGUCGCGUGCCGAAAAAGUCACGUGAAGCGGGAAGCUGCAGUGAGGAGAACAUGAGCAUAUGUGUCAACUCGACGACUCCUUCGGUGACACAGCUGAACGGAGCGCUCGGGCACGGUCACACGAACAACGGGAACGGAAUGCCCACCACCACCACGACGAUCAGCAACAGUAGCAGCAACGGUAGCUGCAACACCGCCAUCAGCAACAGCACGCCAAACGCCAUGUCCACCAACAGCUGCACCGAGAUCAGCACGUCUACGACGAUCCUGCCCGAUUCGCUGACGUUCACACCACCGGAACUGUCCGUGUACGAUAUCAUCCAGUGCAUUGCGCAGGCACACCGUGGCCACUGUACCUACACGAGCGAGCUGGUCAAGGACCAGAACCGGAUAUCGCUGCUCAGCUGCACCGAGAAACAUAACCCACUCGAAUCACUCGAAGAUCAGCGGAUUUGGUUGUGGCAGCAGUACGCAAUGCGCAUGACACCGGCCGUACAGCGGAUUGUCGAGUUUGCCAAACGGGUACCGGGAUUCGGUGAGUUUCUGCAGGACGACCAGCUGAUCCUGAUCAAGCUCGGAUUCUUCGAGGUGUGGUUAACACACGUUGCUCGCUCGACAAACGAUUCUACGCUAACGUUUGACGAUGGCGUGUACAUUACGCGACAGCAGCUAGAAGCGAUCUACGAUCCGGAGUACGCCAACGCACUGUUCAACUUUACCACCGGUCUCAAUAGUUGCUGCCUGAGCGAUACCGAGAUUGGACUGUAUUCCGCGCUCAUCCUACUCUCGGACCGACCCGGGCUGGUCGAGACGAAACUGAUUCUCAAAACCCGCGAAUGUAUUGCGGAAGCGCUGCGAGUACAAAUCACACGUUCGCGGGCAAACAAUGGCAUCAGUGCGCUGCAGAUAAUGCCCGCCCUGGAAGCGAGAGUGCACGAGCUGCGAAUGCUGGGCGAGAAACAUUCCGCGCACCUGGAAUGGUUCCGGACGAACUGGAACACCGUACGAUUGCCGCCCCUGUUUGCGGAAAUCUUCGAUGUGCCCAAGUGCGAGGAAGAUCUGCAGUGAGCGGGUCACUACCACUAUACCGAUCCCAGUUUGCACAUGAGUGAAACGUUGAGUGACACAAAACUAUCGCCACAAGAGGCAAUGAUGAAUGCUGUAACGUAACGUGAUUGUACUAAGGUACCGAAUAUUCCGUAGGAAAAACAAACCCCCAUUUAUCAGUGACAUCAUACACAUCAGAUUAGCAAAAUGGAAGACGAAGCGUACGUUCGCAUAAUAGGCAUAUACCGUUACUAUUGGACACAUAUCACGAAUAUUGAUGUGAAUUUUUCAAACCCAUUACCACUUACUCGCAGCAUCAACUAGAUAAGACCAUUUUUUUCGGUUAAAACAACAAUACAAAGGUCCAGGCAGGGUUGUGGUGUUAGUUGAAGCAAAAGCAAUAGUGGAGUGGUCUGUUUGGGGGUUGUUCGUUCCCUGCCAAUCCCACAAGCUGACCGCUGAAUAUGUCUGAUAAGCUAUGUACCAUGACACGAUAAUGGCAAUAAGUAGCGAAAGGCCCACCACGGCUGGCUAACCACAAAACUGAUCGGCUUUUUUGUGCGGUGAUAGCAAACAAGCACGAUAGGAAUUUAAGAUAAAAACAAGACUAACAGAGUUACAUCUUACCAGCAGAUAAUAAGUAAGCAAGUAGUGGCCAUUACAUAGGCUAUCGUUCGUGCUCUCCUUCUUCACAAAUAUCUCGAUGUGUGCGUGUAUGUGCUGCCCGUUUGGGUCAACUGUUGUUCUCAUCCUUCCUUCCAGAGUUGUGACAAAUGGAGCUGUACUCGAGCAAUAUAUCAUAGCAGUAGUGAACUGUAGCCACAAUUUCCCCCCUCCUGUGUGGAAUAGAACUUAGAUGAGCAUAAUAGCAUUAGCGUUUAACAUAUUUUACCGCGGUAGGAGAGCAGUAAGAAACAAUCAUCGACACCUUCGGCAGACGGAAGAAGGAAGUGUAAUAGGCAAAUUGAGACUAUUUAAAUUAUAAGUGAACAAACUGGUGCUGUAAUUUUUACGAUACUAAUUUUAAGCCAUAUAGAUCCUUUUUUCUCUGUAGGUAGGAGGAUCAAAGAACUCUACUCUUCCGAUAGCGUUCGAUUCUUUCUCUCUUCGAUGCGAUCGAACAAGAACUCGCUUCUUGAAAAAGAAUAGCGUUUAAUUUUUAACUGUGCUUAUCAUCAUGCUGAAUAGUUUCACGAUCGUUAAUCAUUGUACAGCCCCAUCGAGUACAAUCGAUUUUACCACUGGCCGAUGUUUGAUUGAGACAGAGAGAGAGAGAGAAACAGAGAAAAAAAAGAAGCGUAGAUAAAACAAUUUCAAACUUCGCUUUUACUUAGACGUAUAGUAUGGGUUGUUGUUGCUUCCCUUUCGGUGUUGUUAAACGAUAUGUUAAAGUGAAAAUAUUUUCCCCAUUUUCCUUUUUAUAUACACACACAAGAGAAUCGUUUCUGCGAGAGUGCGAAAAUGCCGCAAAACUGUACGCGUAACAUUCACUCUAUUUAUCUAUUGUUAUUUGCUAUAUCGUUGUGCGUUGUGCGACUCACUGCUCGUACAAAAUCGCACCCUUUUACACGUAUUGAAGAAGCAAAACACAAGACUCCCUGUGGGACAGAAAGUGAGACUACGAUUUAGCUAUAUUGAAAUAAUGAACGUAUACAUCUAUACACGUAUACAUAUUUUUGUUACGCAUAUUGUUGCCUUUUGAUUAGCGUUAGUGUCCUUUUUAGCCAAUUUGAUCCCCAUCCUUCUAAUAAUGCCCUCUACGUGACGGCAAACUAUUGCGCGCACCAUGGUGCUGUAUGGAAAUGAUGUUAGGAAACGACACUUUACCACCCCCCACCCUGCUGCUCUGUGCUAUCCGGGUUCGAAGGAUUUAGGUUGCGGAUAGGUCCAUGUGCGUCCAUGUGUUGCGUUCCGUGCUUUUGUUAAGUUUUGUUUACCGCACAUUUUCCCUUUUACGUUAUGCAAUGUGUGCAUGUAACGGUUUAUUUUGAGGAGCAGCGCACUUCGGAACUGACUGGAUAGGGGAGUGUGUAUAACAGGGAUGGCCAUUUCGUUGUGUAAGCGUUUAGUAGGGAGGUCACGGAAUAAAGCUGGCAUGGCACGGUGCUACGGUAAUACGAUACGAUGGAGAAACGUGAAUAAAAAUGGAAAUGUUUUAGAGUUAAACCGUUUCAAUAC